AUUUUGCAUGAAAAUUUUGGAGUAGUGCCUUUUUGAUAGGCGUGCGAUAUUUUUUUUCAUCGGUACGAUAAUUUUGACACUCAAAUACAUACAUACAAUAUAACUCAAAUACGAUAAUUCUCUUUCGCUCACUUGGCAACACUGCGUUAGACAGCGGCAGCCAUGACAGUUAUAUAUUUGAAAUUUUGAAUGUUGUGCUCUUAUCUGACGCUGAACUAAAACAAAACCUUGCUAGAAUUGUUAUUUUACAACAGUUAAUACGUACAAUUGUUAUUUAAUUUAUUUUCGUGAUUGUGUUGUGACUUAAUUUGUUUUGAUGAAUGAAGAUGGAGGAGACAACGAUGCAGAACAUAUCCUUUCAGCCAAAAACGAUGGCGGAAUUGCUUCCUAAUCUAGCUCUAAACGGUAUAUUAUCGAAGGAAGCAAUACUGACGCUUACUGGUAAAAAGAAGCCUCGAAACACUAUGGCAAUCAACCGAACCGCUGAGAAGGCUAUGAAGCCACUUACCAUGGCUGAAAUGAGAGCUGAAUUACAAGCUUUCGAAGUCCGGACCCCUGGCAAGGCUCGACCGGCGACAUCAACGAAGAAGAGAGGAUGGAACUCAUCCGUGAAAGUGGAUAAGAAAGUAAAUCACACGGCAGAUGGGAAGCUGCACAGUAAUGUGGUCAGAAAGGUUCUCAAUUUCCAACCACCUAAACCUGUAGCUCCAGUUCAGGCCAAAACAAUGCCAAAUGCUCGUGUAUCAAGGAUGCCACCUGCUCACUCAAGAAUGACUUCAACAGCUGCUGUAUCCAAUGCCAGGAGGACUCUCAUGCCUCCUGAGACCCCAAAGUUUCCCAAACCAGAACACAGAACAAAGAAAUCACUAUAUAUUCAGGCUAAAACGAAUGUACGGAUCAGUGGCAUAUGCAACAUUCCAGAAACACCAGUAGAACCUAAAGCAGCAAUACCCAGAAUAACUAUUGCCAACAAAGAAAACAGCUCAUGCCAAGCUAAUAUAAACAGGAAAUCCAUCGCUCCCAAGCUCAUAAACCACAAGAGGCUGGCCCCACCCCCCAUACCUGACACACCUUUAUCCAAUGACUCCUGGAAAUCUGGCAGUGAUGCCAGUUUCAUACAAAAAGAGAGGGAAAUCCAUGAGACUGAGGCUAUGAGAAAUGCAACAUUAGACACACAACGCACUCUUGAGAACAUAGCUGAGGUCUCAUCACCCAUCGCAACACCAUUCAGGGAGUACAGAAACAAUAUUGAUUGCCAUAAUAACUCUAUUGUUAUGGACAACUCUAAUACUGAAAACGACACUAUUAUGAGCUUUGAUAACCCUACUAUGUUAGAAAGAGUCAACAAUCAAGAUGAAAGAGUAAAGGGAAGUGAAAAAGUUGACAGAGAAGAAAGUGUGAUUGUGUCAUUGUGUGAAAUGCUGAAUAAAGCUUCUGUCACUAACUCUGAGAGUACAUCCAAACUGGAUGAGCUACUUGAAGUUGAACGGGAAACCGAGCAGAACAUUAAAAUGAUAGAAGAUGGUAUUCAAGCUCUUAUAAAUAUCAAAGAAGCACAAUAUAAAGCACUAUCUCAAGUGCGGAAGCUGAUAACGGAAAAAAGAAAUAGUAGAAAAGUAUCAGACAGUGAUAAAGAUACAACUUUAGUAGGUAACAGUGCAUCCGAAACCCAAAGUCCUCCAAAGAGUCCAGUGCUCGGUCACCCUUGUUCAGUUAUCAGAUCCCCUAAGUCCCCCUCUUAUAAGAUACCUAAAAGAACUCCAUGUUUGAGGAAAAGUGUGUUUCACAAAUCAAUGCCUAAUGUAGCGUCAGACAUGAGCACUCCGGUGAAGUUGGACGGUGGCAAAGCUUUAAACAUGUAUAUGAAGAUGAAGGAGCAGUUGCAGUUCCUGAACACUCCGCUGCUGCAGGCGCGGCCGGCGCCGCCCGACACGCCGGCCGUCACGUCGCUAAAUCUUCAGAAGCAACUCAACAGAUUAUACAACAAAAGCUAGUAGUCAUUAUACAAACAGCAGCAUUUAACUGUCCAUCGGUAGACCUAACGCCUUUUGUAAUAAGGUCCACCGAUGGACAGUUAACAGAGUGGGCGAUGCUACUAUAGAUAAUGAUAUGGGUUUAAUCAACCAGCUUUAAAAAGAGCUUAAUAAUAAGGGAUAUUUCCAGUAGCCCCACAUGUAAUCAUAGGAUUGCGUUCAACAGGAAUUCCGUUCACGCUGUCAUAUUAGCCUCAUGGGUUAAGAACUGCCAAUUGUUCACUACAGAUACAAGAGUGCGAAUUGUAGGAAAGAUUUCAAUGAUAGGUGAUAAAUUUUAUAGCAUAGGGUCAUUGCGCUAGUUUCCGUCCAGCCCUAGUUUGCAAUCCCUAAUGCUUGUCUACAUAUGAUUUUUGCAAAUUAAAAAUGAAAUAUAUUAUUUGAUACUCCGUCGAGUGGACGAAAACUAUAGUCUGUAUCUUUAGGUAUUUAAAAAAAGGUAAACAAAAUCUACCCUCAAAUGGCUCCUUAAGGCAGCUGAGGGUAGAUGAAAACAUUACAUGAUCAAAUAAUGUAGGUUUAAAGUCAGGUCGUUCAGUGACAGAUCCAGGCGUUUUUGUAUUUGGUUGGUUAACCAAUAAAUAUUAAAACUACCUGAAAAUGUACAAAUUGUUUGUUUACCUUUUUUUAAAUACCUAUAGAUACAGAUUAUAGAGCCUGAACUGGACGGCUACUAGCUAAAUAAACCAACAUAUCAUAACUGAGGAGGCCUAAGUUAUGGUACACUGUCCCUCUUGUCUUGUCUCUCUAAACUCGACCGCCGCAACUAUUUUAUGUAACAUACAAAAGUAAACUUUAUUUGUAUACAAAAUCUUAAGAUGCAAUUGUUACUGUAACCUUUGUCAUCUAUUGCCGACUGGUGGUCAUAAAACCUGACAUUCUGGUUUAUUUCUUUCAAAUUUAACCAAUUUCCACAUUGAAGAACUUCGGAAUUUUCGGAAACAUCUCCUAUUUUUGUAGGUAUGGGAAUCGAAUUGUUCAAUUCCAAAAUUAAAGUUUCCUUUCUUUCCUGUGAUUUUUUUCUGAAAUUUCCAAGAACUUUGGAAACUUUCCGCAACUUGCACAUAUGUAACUCAAACAGACGGAAUUUCAUCUAAUCCACGGUCUCGUUACACUGCAGCGCCAUCUGCGAUGAGCUUUGCGUUUUUUACCUCAUUGUAAAAUUUGCUACUGAAUAGGUUAUUCUAUUUAGUGAGAGUCAGGUUGGCGUGUGUACCUAAAUAAAAAUAAACAAAAAGCAUUCCAUAUUCCUGUAUUAUUUAGUACUUUAAAAAAAUUAUACCUCCCGGUACUUAAAGAUAUUACCAAAAACAGUACAACCGCCAUUCUGAGAAUGGCGAAAUCAUCGCUCGAUUAGUGAUAAAUUCAAUGAAAACAAUUAUAAAAUUGACGCAGUUUAUUUGUUGUUUCCAAGUUUUACUUUUUACUAUUAAGUUUUUGCAGGCGCUAUAAUUCUUCACCUCACCGAUUUCAUUUCUAAGCAAAAACACUACAGGGCGGCUACCGGGAAAAUCGAAAUUCGUCAAUUGCGGGCAUUUUUCUCUGUCACUCUAAUUACGUUUUAGUGAGAGUAAAAGAGAAAGAUCCCCGCAAUUUGCGAAUUUCGAUUUUCGCGGUAGGCCCCCAGUACCAUUAUUUUUAUUACGCCCAGGAAUCUACUACUAAUAGGUAGAGUCUGUGUCUACGACUCUUGUUCCGCACUGUUUUUUUUUGGUAAUGACUUCAAGUACGGGGGGGUAUUUUUUUUUAAAAGGAGGUACUAAAUAGUACUAUUGUACAAAUUAGGUGCAAAAAUAUGGUAUGCCUUUUAUUUUUAUUUAGAUACACUCGCCAUCCUGACUCACUUAAUUUUGACAGCACUGUUUGAAAUUAGGGCUCGCGGUCGCGUCCGUGUUUCGUGCACCCGUCGCGGAGCUCCGUUCUCGUGUUACACGAAACCGGAUUUGUAAUCGGAACGGGUAAUUAGGGUCCGGGUACCCGUGUAACCCGUGUGCCCGGAUCCACGGACAUAAAUUAAACACGGGGCCGGCCCGUUCUCGACAUAUAGUGACGAUCGGACGCGUUCUUUAUAAGAGCGCAGAAUGAAAAUCACUUUCAAGAACGAAAAAUAAAUACUUUAGUAGGCGGAAAGAAAUAAAUAUUACAUUUUUUGGAGACAAAACAACAAAACACAAAUAACAACAAAACUACUAAGGUAUCGUAACGUAACGUAAUUUGUUUAAAAUACGAAAAAAUAUAAAUCAACGUUCUUACUACAACAUUAUAGAUCAAAAUUCAAUUAAUAAUUUAUUAUUCUAAUAGUGAUUGAUGCUACUCAUGCGCUAAGACAACUUUUAAUUAUACAUAAAAUAAGACUUCAUAUCUAAGACAAAUUAAAUGAAAUAUACAAUAUUAUAUAGUAACUGUAUACUUAUAAUUUAUUAUACCUCAUAAGUUUAAACUAAUACUAAAAACACGGUAUUUAAAUAAUAGGCGCAUAAAUAUUAUCUUAGGUAAUCUAUACCUAUAUGUAAAUGUAGAUUUUGCUAAGUUAUUAGCCAUAAAAUUGUACUUUUUAGUUUUUUUUUAAAUAAACAGUUUUUUUGUCAUAAAACAGUAUACCGAAUUAUGGUCCUACAAUACUACACUAGUUUUGUAUUGAAAACCCCUUACCUACUCAAAUAUAAUCAAUAUGACUGGAACUGAUGCAAAGAAUAUAAAUCGUCAUUUAUUCAAAUAUAAGUAUCUAAACCCUAUUACUACUCAAUAUAACAUUAUUUGUUUCAAUUCAAAACGGCAUGGUGGGUCGGUCCGCCGGCGCCGAGUAUUCAACACCCGAACGUAGCCGAGGGCCGCGGCCCCGGGGCCGAACGCACUACACGGGAACGGACUUUGGCGGGUUCGAGUAGUUCGGACGCUUAGCACCGCCGGGGCUAAGAACACGGACGCACGGGUUGGCGUGUAGAACGGAUACCGGGAGCCCUAUUUGAAAUAGGUUUUAAAAUUAUUUUUAUUUAGAAGAUAGACAUAUUUAUUAAGCGUUAAUGCUUCGAGCAACACCGGGAAGGGUGUCGACAUUCGCGCUCUUUCCCCUCUGCCAAAGCACAUGCCCAACUGGGCAUAACGCGAUACAUGUUGUGACUAGUCCGUAUACAAAAAGAGAUCGGUGUGCAAGAUUUGUCUUUGAAUUGUCACUUUCUAUGUAUUUGUGUCGUCACUUCAAAUUGGAUUAUAUAUGUAGUGAGUCAUAAGUGCGAGUGUGUGCACGUUUCCCCCCGCAAAUGUUGGCAGAACAAUUUGUGGGCUCCUCCCUUCCGAUGUGUCGGAAGCCGAUGUUGCUCGAAGCUUUAUUUUAGAUGAUUGGAUGUAGUGAGAACAAAUAACAUUGGAAUGUAAUAUUAAUAUAUUGUAAAAUACUUGAAAUGCAUUAAUAAACUGGCAUAUAUAA